CUAUUGUACAACAGGGUCUAUAGAUCUAGUUUAUAGGGGCUAACUAACACGUAUAUAUGGUUAACAAUUUUAUCGCUGAUAUCAGUCUACUUUAGGAGCGUGUCGCGUCGAUAAGCUGUUAACUUUUGUCAGGAAUUAUUUUGGUUUUCGACGAUGCCACGCCAUCACAGACGUCAACUUGGAGAUUGCAAUGGCCACGGGAGGUCUAAUCGGUUCACCAACAUGCAGCCUGACCGUGGUUUCCAUACUGGGUUUCCACUAAACUGGAGUUUCGGAAACAGGGAUAUGUGGCAGCCAAUAGUGCAGCCACAAAAUGGCGACAGAAACGAUCGUCAUUGCAUUAUCGUCGAUUAUGGUAGUGAUCCUUACGAUGAUUUCAAUCAUUCCCCCGUCUUUUUGCCCGGGAUAAUAGUACGAGAUCCAGCACAACGUCCAAGCUCUGUUAAUAAUAACGAUCCUAACAAGGCAAGCAAUGAAGUUUUGAAAGUAGAAAGUGUUAAUUUUAACAUAGAAGAAAACACACGAGCUCACCAUACCAAUGAGUUUGAUAUAACUGAGGCAUAUGAAACACCUAACCCCCAGCUGGUUGUAAGACGUGGACAGUCGUUUGAUAUCACCGUAACAUUUAACAGACCUUAUGAUAAAAGCAAAGAUGAUCUUCGGCUUGUCUUUCAAGCAGGACAGGAACCGUUGCCAAGUAAACAGACACAUGUUGAAUUUGUUCUAUCUGAUGUUGAUUUACCUAAACAAUGGGGCGCUAAAGUAGUUCGUCAAGAUAGGAGUACCCUUCGUGUCUCCAUUUUCACUCCACCAAAUUGUUACGUAGCUAAAUGGAAGUUUAAGAUAGAUGUCGUAAAGAAAGCUGACCAAAAGACCGCAAUUUAUCGAUAUAACCAUAGAGACCCUAUUUAUAUUCUGUUUAACCCUUGGUGUAAAGAUGACCAGGUUUAUAAUGACGAUAAUAGAGCUCUAAGAGAGUAUGUGUUAAAUGAAUCUGGAAGAAUCUACGCUGGUACCUAUAAAAACAUUAACUCGAAGCCAUGGAACUUUGGACAGUUUCAAGAUAAUGUUUUGGACUGUUGUAUGUUUUUGUUGGAAAUAUCUGAAUUAAACUGGAAUGUUCGAGGCAAUGCAGUUAACGUUGUUAGAAAAUUAACAGCUUUGGUAAAUGCUCCUGAUGAUGGAGGUGUAUUGGUUGGUAAUUGGUCUGGGAAUUAUAAAGGGGGCAAAUCACCUUUAACCUGGUCUGGCAGUGCAGCUAUUUUGGAAGAAUUUUACAGAACCAAGAUGCCAGUUAAAUUCGGACAAUGUUGGGUCUUUUCUGGUGUCUUAACAACAAUAUGUCGCGCUCUGGGUAUUCCCGCCAGAAGUGUCACCAACUUUGAUUCUGCUCACGACACAGAUGGCAGUGUUUCUUUUGAUAUCCAUUUUUACCCGAAUGGUGAAACUGACGAAAGACGAAACGCCGAUUCUUUUUGGAAUUUCCACGUGUGGAAUGACGUAUGGAUGUCCAGACCUGAUUUGCCACAAGGUUAUGGAGGAUGGCAAGCUGCAGAUGCCACGCCACAAGAAACAAGUGAUGGUGUUUGUUGUUGCGGUCCUGCUUCCAUGACUGCCAUCAAAAAUGGCGAAUUGAGUCUUCCAUACGAUGGACCAUUUAUAUUUGCCGAGGUAAAUGCUGACAAGAUCUAUUGGGUAACUCAGUUUGAUGGUUCUAUGGUAAACAAUAACGUAGAAAAGAAAUGUGUUGGUAGAAAUAUAGUAUCAAAUGUCUAG